CUAACACUUCCAAUCAAACGCGCGUUGGACUCUGGCGUGCUCACAAGCACGGCUGUACUUAGUUGGAGUCUGCACGCGACUUUUCGUCUCAACAUCGCAUACAGCAUCAUGCCAGUCGACACCGAAGCUCUCUCGCGUCUGGCUGUCACUGUCGGGCCCAGUGGGCGGACACUAGAGCGCAAUGGCGAGCCAUUCGUCCUGCACAUGGACACCGCCUGGGAGCUCUUCCACCGCCUCACUCUUCCCGAGGCCGAGGAGUACCUCGACACGCGCAAGGCGCAGGGCUUCAACGCUGUGCUAGCCGUGGCCCUUACUGAGCUCGACGCGCGGGGCGUCAACGAGUGCUUCGGCCCUGAUGGCGCGCUCCUUUCGUCCACUGAGGGCGGCGGCUCCAUCUUCCACCCCAAUCGGUACGGCAUGCGGCCGCUGCUGAAUGACGAUCCGGCUCUGCCGAACGCCGCGUACUUCUCUCACGUAGACGCCGUCAUUAAUGCUGCCGCACAGCGGGAUAUUAUCGUCUUCCUGGUCCCAACAUGGGGCCGCUGGGUGAACGAGGCCUGGAGCGGCCCACCUGUACUCUUCAACGCCGAGAAGGCUCGGUCGUACGGCGCAUACAUCGGCAAGCGGUAUCCCCACCUCCCGAAGGUGCUUGGUGGCGACUCAAACCCCAUUUGGACGGACGUGACAGCGUUCAGAGAGCGGACCGCUGAGGCCAAAGCGCGCAGCGGGGCAGCCAACUUCGACGGACUCCCGAUUACGGACUCGACCGCUGUGGUCGACAGCAUGGCGGAGGGUAUCCUCUCGGCGGAGCCCGAGGCGUUCCUCACCUACCACCCCACAGCGCUCGCUCUUCCCGGCUCGCCGGUGCCAACUGCCAGUGCAUUCUUCGGAGAUCGCAAGUGGCUUGCUUUGGACGCCUGUCAGAGCGGACAUACGGACGUGGAGGAGCCCGCGUUCAACCCACCUCUCCACUUCUGGGACGCUCGCGCCUCUCACGUCCCGCUGGCGCAGAUGUGGGCCGCGGGCAAGCGUCCAAUCAUCGACCUCGAGGGACACUACGAGGACAUGCGCAUCGGUAUCAACCCUUCAGAAAGGCCGCUGUGGAACGAGCACGACGUGCGCGCCGGCGCAUGGCAGGCUGUGUGCGCUGGUGCCUGCGGCAUCGUCUACGGGCACAACAAUGUGUGGCAGAUGCACAGUCCUGAGCGCGAGAAGCUGGAUGGACGCUUCAAGUCGGCAUGCUAUCCCGUACCCGACCUUUCGUGGCAAGACGCGCUCAAAGCCCCGGGCACUCGUGGGACCCGAGUUAUCGCCGAGUACCUUGCCUCGCUCCCACGGGAGGUGCACGACACCAAGGCGCCUGCUCAGGACCGCCUCGUAUCUGCCGCGGCGCCGGCGGAAGUCGUGCAGCGCGACGGCCGCGUCGAUGUCAUUGCGGCUGGGUCACAGUGGCUGAUAGCCCACUCCGGUCACGGGUAUCCAUUUGAGCUUGACCUCAGCGGCUUCCGGGGUCAGGCGCGCUGGCUCGACCCUCGCAGCGGUGAGUGGAGCGACGCCAUCGCUGUCGAGGGCGGGAAGCAGUCGUUCACGCCGCCCUCAAGUGGAAACGUUGAGAACGACUGGGUGCUCGAGGUUAAGCGGGCCUAGUCGCAUUAAUAUUGUUCAUAUGCAUGAAUCUGAAGAC